UUCAGUACAAGUGACGGUUAGCAGAAGCACCGGUAAAUGAGGCGCGUAAUAUUAAAAUAUCGGUAUAUAUUCUUUUCAGUGUGUGUGGUUUCGAUAACACGGUUUCAUUAAAAUUCUCACAUGAGAUGAGCAAUAGAAGGUGUGCUGCGAAAACAUGCUUUAAUUCACAGAAGAGCCGACCUAACCUCAAAUUCUUUACGUUUCCUAAAGAUGAAGCACUGUGUCACCAGUGGGUUGUCAACUGUGGGAGGGAUGAUCUACUGGAGAAGACUGCUGAGCAGCUGAGCAAAUUUCUUUUAUGUGCUGAGCACUUUGAACCACAUUGGUUUCUUAACAAGUACAGGACAGCAUUUAUUCGUUCAGGCCAACCAGUUCCUACUAUAUUUUACAACAAUCUUGCUGAGUUUGUUCCCAAAUCAGUCAGAAAACUGUGUCAGCUCAGAACUGAGACAUCUCAUGUGUCAGCUGUUGAUGGCAUUACUUCAAGUAAUAAAGAGAGUAGACAUGCACACCUGCCUGAGGAGAGUUCUGCAGAUAGCUUUCUUCGAGAAAAAAGUGAUUUGUCUUUUAUUGGUGGAAAUGAACAAUCAACAAAUGAACAUUAUGGUGACUCCCCGCCUGAAGUACGAGCCAGGAUGAAUGAAUCAUUAGAGAGACGAGGUUGUUAUAAGAUGUGCAGACUUUGUGCAUGUUUAGUCUAUGAAGACAAAUUGAUGUCAUUAUUUGGAGAACAAUCAGACAACCAAAAUGUAAUGGCCAUGAUAAGCAAAUUUUUGCCAGACAAGGUUCAUAAAAAUGAUGGUUUACCACACCAUGUGUGUUGCAGUUGUGUUUUUAAAUUGAGUAAGUGUCACCAGACAGUGGAAGCCUUUUUAGCAGCUGACAAGAAGCUACGGGUUCUGUUUGAAUCUCAGAGCAAAUCGACUCAAAAUCUAACAUACAUUAAACUAGAAGAGAAUCAGCAAAAUCCAUCUAAGAGCCUUUUAUCAGAUCAAAUGGGUCUUCCUCCGGAUCUAUCAGAAUUUCUUACUGUAAAGAAAACUACUACAGGGAAACAGUCUCCUGCAUCUGUAAAUGAGUGUUCAGAUAUCGUGGAGAAGAACGAUGUUAUCUAUGUUUUCACAGAUUCAGGCAAUCAGAGUGAUGGAAAUGUUGGUAAUGAUUCUUGUGACAGCUCUAUAACAUCAUCACAUCAAACAUCAUUGUUUUCUGGUUGUGAAACAUCUAAAUCAGAACCUAAUAUUUCUGACUACAAAGCAGCUGGCAGUUUUGGACUAAAGAGUUAUUCCAAAAUUACUCAGAAGAAGGAGACGUCGAAUACAGAAAAUAAUACAUUUGAUGGGUCAUUCUUUAGUGUUGAAUGUGAUAGUGAAAGACCUCAUAAGUGUACUAUUUGUAAGCAGAGAUUUGAGACAUCAGACAAACUCUUUAUACAUGAGUUUACAAAGCAUAGCAUAGAAAAGUUGCCAGACAACAAAAAUGUUAGAAGAUACAGAAAGAGAGAGCUACAUAAGUGCGAAGAUUGUGGCCUAGUUUUUUGCGGGCUGAAACCUUAUCGAAAACAUGUAAAAGAACAUCACAUUCCCGCAGAAAAUAUAUGUGAAUUUUGCGGUGCCCAUUAUAAAAUUAAAUCCCAGCUAGAAAUUCAUAGGCGACUCCAUACAAAUGAGAAGCCAUACACAUGUACUAUUUGUCAAGAAUCAUUUCAUUUCAAAAAGGCAUUGAGGCGUCACAAACGCACUCAUAUCGAACCCAAGUCUUUAACGUGUAGUAUCUGCAAUAAAACAUUUGCCAAUAGAAGUGCAAUGUGGCGACAUGAAAAAAUACACUCUGACAGCAGAAACGUUUUAUGCUAUCUUUGUGGCAAAGUGUUGUCAAACCCCCAAAGUCUAAGAGUUCACAUGAGAACACACUCAAGUGAUAGGCCUUGUUCAUGCCCAACUUGUGGUAAGAGCUUCAAAGACAAUGUUUCUGUUAACAAACAUUUGAUAAUUCACUCAACUGAAAAGAACUUCCAUUGUGAUAUUUGUGGUCGAGCAUUCUACAGCAAGGCUUUGGUAAAACAGCAUAAGUUAAGCCAUUCUGGAGUAAAACCGCAUACUUGUGAGACCUGUGGUGCUGCAUUUAAUAGACUGGGAAAUCUAAACCAGCACAAAAAGAAGCAUUUAUAUGACUUUGGUAAUGUUCAGGAUGUAAGCUAUGAAUGUGUUAUCUGUUCUAAGAAAUUAAAGUCUGAAUUAACACUUAAAUAUCACCUAGCAAAGCACACGGGGGAGAAAAAACCUUUUGAUUGUGAAGUGUGUGGGAAGCGUUUUAUUGCUGUGGAUCCCUACCGUGUUCAUAUGAGAAUUCACACUGGUGAACGGCCUUAUGAGUGUGAUGUAUGUGGAAAGACUUUCAGAAGCUCCUUCACUUUGAAACAGCAUUCCGCUCUCCAUAAAGAUGAAUAUCCAUAUCCUUGCCCUUUCUGUGAAAGGAGAUUCAAACGCCUUCAAUCUCUGGUUGUGCAUAAACGCACACACACAGGUGAAAAACCUCACCAGUGUCCAAUAUGCAGUCGUGCCUUUGCACAGAAGGGUGACAUGCAGAAACACACAAAGACUCACACCAAAGACAAGGAACGAAUGAAGCAAGUCAGACUUGAUGAUGAUGCUGUUGUUAUGGAAAUAGAGCAGAUAACUGAGCUUGCUCUCAGUGAUACAGAAAUCACUAGUGAAUUUUUGAUAGAUAUGCCUAUUGUUGAAGUGGAAACAGAAAUUCAGCAAAAUGAAAUUCAUGUGCAAAUUCAGCCAGAUGUGGAGUCCGAUGUGACAAAAAGUGUUGCCUCUCAUCUUCAAGCAGACAUCCGUGAACAUAUUGCCACUGAUAUUCAGUCCGUUAUACAUUCUGAAAUUCAGUCUGCUAUUCAUCCUGACAUACAUUCUGUGAUUCAUUCAAAUUUAUAAUGACAUGAGCAUCUCAUACCCAAUUAAUUUAUUUUAUAAUGGCAGUCUGUAUUAUAUGGUAUUAAGACAGUAAUUAUUACCAGUAUUUGAAAAAUGUAAGAAUAUUUUAUUAUAUUAUUUUAU